AUGAAAUCAGCAUUUCUUCUAUUAUGUAUUGCUUUGUUAAUUGUUUCAAUUACAUUAUAUUUAAACACAAAUAUUACUUGGGAGACAUUACAUACCUACUUAAUAAAUAAUCGUAUUAUAGCCACAUAUCACUCAGUAAAUGCAACAGAAGAAAUAUCUAAAAUACAUGUGAACCGUCAGUUUGCAAUAUUUGCUUGUUCAAUUCAUUCUUCUGUUCAAUCAUAUUCGUUUUAUACUCCUAUAACAGCGUCAAGUUGGAAUCGAGUUGGUUAUAACGCAAUAGUUAUAUUUGUUGGAGAUUUUACUCUUCCCAAUGUUCUUACAGCUCGUUUGAAAUUAUCACGUGCUUAUUUAAAACACGUUGGUGCUCAUGUUUUAGAUGUACAAUGUAAUGCUUCAUAUGCUGUUAAAUUAUCCCAAUUAGUACGUGUAUUUAGUGGGUUUUUACCAGAUUCAAUUGUUCAUGAUGAUGAUUAUAUAUUAACAGGUGAUAGUGAUUUAAUGCCAUUGAAAAUAAAUGGAUAUACACUGACAAAUGGAACAGAUGGAUUUAUUUUUAAUGCUUUAUGUUGUGGUACAUUUAAACGACGUGGGAAAUCAUAUCGAAUGUAUCCAAGUUAG